AUGGCGGCCAAGCGAGAGGACUGUGUCCUCGUCACCGACGAUGACGACCGCAUUGCCGGUAUCUUUACCGCCAAGGAUCUUGCCUUCCGUGUUGUUGGGGCCGGUCUCAAGGCCGGUAGCGUCACUAUUGCCGAUAUCAUGACCAAGAACCCGCUUUGUGCUCGAACCGACACCAGUGCGACCGACGCCUUGGACUUGAUGGUCCGAAAGGGCUUCCGACAUCUCCCCGUCAUGGACGAGAACCAGGAUAUCUCGGGUGUUCUUGAUAUCACCAAAUGCUUUUACGAUGCGAUGGAAAAGCUUGAAAGGGCCUACUCUUCUUCGAGGAAGCUAUACGAUGCGCUAGAAGGUGUUCAGUCCGAACUGGGAACCAGCCAACCUCAGCAAAUUAUCCAGUAUGUUGAGGCUCUUCGAAGCAAGAUGUCUGGCCCUACUCUCGAGUCGGUCCUUACCGGGAUGCCCCCACUACCGUGA